CCCGCAGAUAACUCUUUUAUUAGCGGGAUUGACACCCACAGAUGCUUUCUAUGGUGAAUCUAUUUUUUGUAUCCUGUAUUUGUGACAGGAUGAGAGGGGGUUCCGUUUUCUCUUCGUUAACGUAAGUUCUUGAGCUAAAAUCCGCACAGCCAGUUAAACCACCCACGCCAAUACUUCAGUUGACGGCAUCUGGAAAACCAGUACUAGUACAAAUUUCUACAGCGCGUAUGGAAACUCCUAGUAGCCUCAGUAGGCGAUGUUUUAUAAUGAUGCAUGUGCAAGUUUUCUUUUUCCCGUCGAAGCAGCAGCUAACUACAUAGCAUCCAGUGAUCAUUGAUUGCGUCAUAUGAUCAUAUAUAUGAGCAUCUUUGCCAGUGUGUACACCGCGUUUGUUUGUGGAACGAAGGGUACCAUGUGAUACGUUGAUCGUGUGAUAGUGACACUUGCACAUUUGUGGAUGUGUUUACGUGGAAGACACACGAAUUAUGUGUGUACAUUGAUAAAUGUCCAUGCCUAAAGCAAUGAUUAAGAUAACUGUGUUUGGAACGACAAUUUGUCUCCGGCACUGUAACAGCAAAAUCCAUUACGAAACGGUGGAGUUACUUCGUAAAAUGGCUCUGCAAUCCAUUAACCGUGAUUAUAAAGCUCUUGGCAGUGUUCGUAAGUCUUUUGUGGACAAUGGACUUUAUAAUAGAGUGACGAUAAACCAUAAAAAAUUGGAAGCCUAUGCUGAGCAAGCAGUCCGUUUAUUAAUGCAAGACUGUGUGAUAGCGGUACCUACUGACACAGUUUACGGUCUAGCAGGUGCUGUUCAGAGUGAAGAUGCUGUUGCAAAACUGUACAAAAUAAAAGGUCGGGAUGCAGCGAAACCAAUUGCGAUCUGUGUUAGUUCUAUCAGCGAAAUGGAAAAGUGGGCAGACACAAGCAUUCUUCCUCCUGCCCUCUUACAGUGUAUUCUUCCAGGACCUUUUACAAUCGUCCUCAAAAGAUCAAAAACUUUAAAUGCUAAAUUUAAUCCUGGAAUCCCGAACGUUGGUAUACGCAUUCCACAAGACAGAUUUAUAGUUGAAGUUGUUAAAAAGUUCGGAGAACCUAUUGCUCUUACUAGUGCAAAUAGCAGUGGAGAACAGAGUGCAAUUGAAGUAGAAGAAUUCUCUCACUUGUGGCAAUAUGUAGAUGCAGUUUUCGAUGCUGGCAAAAUUCCACAAGAAAUCCGCACUGGCUCUACAGUUGUAGAUUUAAGUGAACAUGGUAGUUUUAAAAUAAUCAGAGAAGGUGUAUCUUGUGAUGCCCUGAGGCAUAAGCUAUUUCAGUUUAAAUUAUUGGAACGUAAUUAAAACUUUUAGCCGCUGAGAGAAGCAGCUUGCAAGUGCAAAGUGCAUUGCAGAAGUAUUUAUUGUACAAGGUGCAAAAAUGGAAACUAUUGGAUAUUUCUGCCUUUGUUGUAACUUAUUUAAGAAACCACGUGGCAUACUUCAAUAACUGUGAUUCUUCAAUUUUUUAAAUGUCGAAGUGUAUGAAUUGGCUUACCAUUUUGAUGAUAGUGUUAUCUACAAGUUUUUGGAUGUUGUAUCAUGAAGUACUGCAGUGAUUUUCCUCCAACUGUUGAAAUAUUUACUGCAUUUAAAAUGAAAUGAUGUGAAUAACAUAUCAGUUUCUGUUUAUUUCCAGUUUUUUUACACUCCAUAAUGACUUGGCAUUUGUGAAUUUAGGAGAUGAUGUAAUUUUAAGUUUAGUUCCAUAAGAAAUAUACCUGUGAUACAGUUCAUAUAAAUGUGUACACCCAUUUUUCUUUGAUUUCAUUCAUAAGCAUGUAAUAUUUGAGACUAAUCUGAAAGCUACUGCCUGCAUUUCCAUUUUUGUAUUUAUAGUGGCUUACAUACCAGUCACCCAUCAAUUCUUUCAAUAGGAGGGGCUGGCACAUAUUGCUCAACACUGAUUAUGGAGCGUUCCAUGAUGAUUCAAUCUAAUGUAAAAGUAUUUCCUCGCCCCUUAUCUGGUUCCCCUACAAAGAAAGGAAAACACCAAAUUUUAGAAUUUUUUCUCUCAAUUUUCAUCUUCAGGCAAUUCAGAAUGUAGAAGUUCUGGACUGGCACAAAAUGAGACUUGCUGUCGCUCUGAAAAUAAAUUACAUUUUUUCUUUAUCA